AUGAACAUUAGACAGGCUACCGUGGAAGAUUUGAUGGCAGUCCAGAACUGCAAUCUUCUUGACUUGCCCGAGAACUACCAGAUGAAGUAUUAUUUAUACCACGCCCUGUCCUGGCCCCAGCUUUCUUACGUUGCCGAAGAUGACCAGGGAAAGAUUGUCGGUUAUGUUUUGGCAAAGAUGGAUGAAGAAGACAACAGCUCUCCUCAUGGGCACAUCACUUCUCUCUCUGUAAUGCGUACAUACAGACGUCUUGGUUUGGCUGAGAAGAUGAUGCAGCAAUCCACUCGCCAAAUGGUCGAAGUUUUUGGUGCACACUAUGUCUCUCUUCAUGUGCGCAAGACUAACCGUGCUGCCAUCGGUCUCUACAGAGACACUCUUAAAUUCUCUGUACAUGAUAUUGAAAAGAAAUAUUAUGCUGAUGGAGAAGAUGCUUAUGCUAUGCGUCUACAGCUUAAGGAGCCUGUCAAGAAGCUUAGAGGUGUAGUAGAGGAAGUCAACCAGGUGACUGUUGCUUAGAUAACUGGAGGUUUCAUAAAAAAUGUGUAUAAAAUUUAGUCGAGAUUCUCGUCCAAGAACUCUCUGAUGUUUGCC